CCCCUCAGUUCCCAUUAAACCCAGGCCUGUAAAACUAUCUUUCUCUCUCUAUAGCUAAACAUAUGUUAUCUUCUCAAUCUGUUAUUGCCUGCUUCCUUCUGUUUCUCUCUCUUCCUAAGCAAAACUCUGCUUCUUGGUUUCUGUUUUCUCGCGUUUCGCUUGUUUUUUUUUGUCGGUUGAUAAGUCAAUCCGUACUAAACCCUCAAGAAAGAAGUGUUUUCUCAGAACACCUCCGGAUCAGCAAAGUUACAAUCGACAACCUGACAAACAAAAGGAGCCCCUUCCCUCUGCCUCUCUUGCUACCUUGCUAAAAUGGAAAUCGCAGCCGCUGCUCUUCCAGGAGCAGGAGUGAGUUUGGCCCACAGCCAUAGUAAUUCCACAUUCUCAGCAGCAGAUCAUGAUACGGGCAGUAGUCCCACAACAUCCAAGGCUACCUUUCAGGUUUCGUUGCCCUUGCGUGGCCCCAACAAGCCCCAUUCUGUUAUAAAUCACGAGAAACUCGGUACUAUAGCACCACAAGUGAGGCCCAAUUCCUGUCAUACUGUAGAAGCUAACUGUUCGAGUCAGAUUCUAGUGGAGAAAAAGAUGCGGAAGAAGAAUGCCCUAAUUGCCCCUCCCGCCUGCUCUACCUCUGAUGUUUUGCGCUUGAUGGAUGCCUUAUGCCUUCCCAUAUCCCCUGACAUGUACAUUUCUUUUAUGAAAGAAUGCACCAUUUCUGCCGACUUCUGUGGAGCUGAGGACUUGCACAACCAUAUCAGCAGAAACAGCCUCCAACACCUUGCCUUACCCUUGCUCAACCGUCUCCUCUUCAUGAAUGUAUCCUGUGGACGCUUAGAUCUUGCCUGUGAUCUGUUUUACAGGAUGCCCUUUAAGGAUUUCAAGUCUUGGGCCACCAUGAUCGUUGCAAAUGUUAACAAUUCCGACUACGAAGAAGCAACGAGUUUGUUCCUCAAAAUGCUGCACCAUAUCAAUAUGCUAGAGUUCCCUUCUUGGAUCAUUGUCUGCCUACUCAAAACGUGUGUAUGCACAAGAAAUAUGGAAUUAGGGAAACAAGUUCACGCCUGUGCCUUGAAGUUAGGCCAUGCUAAUAGUUUGUAUCUCGCCAGCUGCUUAAUCAACUUCUACGGGAAAUACGGAUGUCUUGAGAGCGCCAACUUGGUGUUUAACCAACUGCCUCGACAUGAUACCCUGACUUGGAUGACCAGACUGAUUAACAACUCUAAGGAAGAGCUCUUCUUUGAGGUACUUCGAGACUUCAACGAGGUCGGGAAGGCUGGAAUUAAGAAGAAUGUCUUAAUGUUCUCUAGUGUUCUGAAGGCUUGUGGGAGAAUCCAUGACCGCAGAAAAAGUGGUCAACAGGUUCAUGCCAAUGCAAUCAAGCUUGGAUUCGAAUCAGACUUGUAUGUUCAGUGUGGAUUGAUUGACAUGUAUGGAAGAAGCGGGCUACUUAGAGAUGCCCAAAGAGUGUUUGAAAAGAGCAGUGACAGAAGGAAUAAUGCGUGUUGGAAUGCCAUGCUCGGAGGCUACAUACGAAAUGAGUUGUAUGUUGAGGCCAUUAAGUUCGUCUAUCAGAUGAAGGCGGUCGGAUUGCAGCUUCAACAAUCUAUGCUUGACGAAUUGAGAAUUGCCUGCGGAAGCGAUUCCCUCAGAAAACUUCUCCCCACAGAAGGGUAGAAACCUCUUGGCAUUGAAUGCCUAAACAACUCAGGUUUUCGAGCAACAGAGUGAAGAACUGGAAUUUGGGAGCCGUGGACUGGAGUAAUGGUUCAAACUGAUGCAAACUCUUGGGGAUGUUGAAGGCAAGAUUUUAACAGAGUCAGCAACGUAAAAUAAAACUAUUACAACUGAGUUUGGCAAAAGCACUACCACAUGAAGAUUUGUAGUGGAGUUGCUAACAUGUAAAUAGAAUUACUGACAUAAUAUUCCAGCUUGUAUAUUAAUCAAUUGUUCACCACCUUUUGUUUAUUUAUUUAUUUAUUUUUUUUUUGGAG